CGUCCCCCGAACUGUCUACUAACUCCCCACCUCGCCCCAGCCUGGCAGUCUCCUCUCCGUCUCCUCCCCACCUCCAACUGAUCCCGAUCGCCCAUGGAUUCCAAGGCCCCCGGCGCCCACUCGGACGCGGCCUCGGCGCCGCCGGAGCACGCGGCGUACCCGCGCCUGUCCCCGGAGGACGUCGCGCCGCCGCCACCUCCCAUCGUGCCGCCCGCCGGCACGAACCCCUACGUGCUCUCUGCCCCGUCGCCCAACCCGCCCGCCAAGAGCGCUAUGGAGAAUUUGAGGGAGAUGUUCGACAUGGUGGGGAACAAGUUCAACGAGGCCGCGCGCAAGACCGAGGGCAUUGCUGGCGACGUCUGGCAGCACCUGAAAACUGGACCUAGCAUUACUAAUGCUGCAGUGGGGAGGAUUGCACAGGUAUCAAAGGUUAUAUCUGAGGGUGGUUACGACAAGAUAUUUCAGCAGACAUUUGAUUGCUUGCCUGAUGAGAAGCUCAAGAAGGCAUAUGUGUGCUACCUAUCGACAUCACACGGCCCGAUCAUGGGUGUCCUGUACCUCUCGACUGCGAAGAUUGCGUUUGGUAGUGACAGCCCUGUGACAUAUGUGACUGAGGAUAAUAAAACCGCGUCAUCCUUUUAUAAGGUAGUUUUACCCCUUCCUCACUUGAGAUCAGUCACUCCCACGGCAAGCCAACAAAACCCUGCAGAGAGGUACAUUCAGGUCGUUUCGGUUGACAACCAUGAGUUCUGGUUCAUGGGUUUUGUGAACUACGACAGCGCUGUAAAGCAUCUUCAGGAGGCUGUCCGUGGUGCCUAGAGACUCUGUGUAUUCAUCCUCAUCUCAGUGUGAUAUGCCCGUGUAAAUGUGUGUGUGCAUGGUGCUUGUAUAUUGUUUUUUUAAAUCAAAAUUUCUACCAUGGAACACCGGUAAGCAGCGCAUUCAUGUAUCCAUAGCAGGCUGAUAUUUUCGGACAAGUGUGUAAAUAUCGAAUGAAGUUUAUCGAAGCCACUGUUGUUUGUGAUA